CAACUCCCAGCUGCCCCCGCGGCUCCGCGCCUGCGCCCUGGUCGCCAGGACGCGGCGAUGGCGGCUGCGGCGGUGGCGGCCCCCGAGGUCCUCCGGGAAUGCGGCUGCAAGGGCAUCCGGACCUGUCUGAUCUGCGAGCGGCAGCGCGGAGGUGACCCGCCCUGGCAGCACCCCCCGCAGAAAACGCACCGUUUCAUUUACUACUCUGACACUGGCUGGGCCGUGGGGGCCGAGGAGUCUGACUUUGAAGGCUGGGCCUUCCCCUUCCCUGGUGUGACGCUGAUAGAGGAUUUUGUGACCCGGGAGGAGGAAGCCGAGAUGGUGCAGCUGAUGGACCGGGAGCCUUGGAAGCUCUCCCAGUCUGGACGGAGGAAGCAGGACUACGGCCCCAAAGUCAACUUUCGGAAACAAAAGCUCAAGACCACUGGCUUCAGAGGCCUCCCCAGCUUCAGCCGGGAGGUGGUGCGGAGAAUGGGGCUGUACCCCAUCCUGGAGGACUUCCGGCCCGUGGAGCAGUGUAACCUGGACUACUGCCCUGAGCGGGGCUCGGCCAUCGACCCCCACCUGGACGACGCCUGGCUGUGGGGGGAGCGGCUGGUGAGCCUCAACCUCCUGUCCCCGACUGUGCUGUCCAUGUCCCGGGAGGCGCCCGGCAGCCUCCUGCUCUGUCUGGCCCCUUCCGGCUUCCCGGAGGCCUUGGUGGAAGGGGUGAUGGCCCCCAGCAGGUCCGUCCUGUGCCAGGAGGUGGAGGUGGCCGUCCCCCUGCCCCGCCGCUCGCUGCUCGUGCUCACGGGAGCCGCGCGGCACCAGUGGAAGCACGCUGUCCACCGCAGACACAUUGAGGCUCGCCGCGUCUGUGCCACCUUCAGGGAGCUGUCGGCCGAGUUCUGUCCCGGCGGGAGGCAGCAAGAACUGGGGCAGGAACUCCUGCAGAUCUCUCUCUCCUUUCAAGGGAGACCUAUGUGAGCCACCUCCCCGGGGACAGGCGCUGCUUCCACGCCUGGCCAGGGCGCCGGCUCCAGGCUUGACUGUUGCCAGCACUUGAGGCCGGGAAGCCCGGCACAGGGGGCUUUCUCCCCAGCUUGUUAGCUUUUAAGAGAAGACUGCUCAGCAUCCUGACACGACAACAGUGUGGGCCCUGCCUGGGGGCCAGUUGUGAUGGGAAUGUGCCUCAGGUCGGUCCUGUCUGGCCUGCCCCGCGGCCACCCGUGUGGCUGGCUUGUCACAGUUGGAGGGCAGUGGGAUCAUUUGAGCUUAAACAUGUUGGUACCACCUAAAACCGUUUUCUCCUUUACCCCUUUCUCUUAAUGAAGUUCCCUGAUAACCCUAUUCUCCAGUCCUUUCAUUUGGGAAGCGAGUUGGAGAGCAGAAUUGACAGAAGAUUUGAAGUUAUUAUUUCAGCCUUCAGAGCUGGUGACCGUCUCUGCGUCCGGCUCUGCCUGGGUCAGGCUUGACCCCCGGGGGGUAUGGGGGGCAGUGAGGACAGGGGAAUCUCCGGAGAGUCUGGUGUCACCUCCCUCCCUGGCCCAUGCUGUGAAAAAGUAGGGGGACUUCUGACACUGGUGCUGUAUGGGGUGCUCACCUGGAUGGCGGCCAGCCCUCUGCGCAUAAGACCAAAUAUGCUCACCAGCCACAUGCUCAGCGCCAAACCUUUGGACCAGGGCCCCAUCAGAGCCCAGAAACGUUCAUGGUCCGCACUGGUCUUCAGUCAUUCUAGAACCUUCUGUGAGCUGUCAGGUUGUGGGGGGGCAGUCACUGGCGGUGCACCAUGUGCUGUCUCUGAAGUGGCAUCACUCUGGAGACCCAUGGAGAGGCCGCUGGGUUUCUAGUGGCUGAAUUGAGCCCAGCUGCACAGCAGGUGGCUCCCUGAGUCAGCUCACUUGGAGCAGGAGGGUGGAGGACGGCUUCCUCUCACGGUUGUGACCCUCACGGCCCCUGCUCUCGGUCCCUCCCUGGAGCUCCAGCCAGUCCUGCUGCAUGUGAACAGCUUAGUGGGCUUGCAAGCCUGGUGGUCUGCUCCACGGGGGCCUGUGGGAGCCUCUGCCCUGACGGGCUGGGCCUUAGAGCAUCCCUGUGUGUGGAGCCCACAGGAUGCUCUGCUAACACGUCCAUGUGGGAAACUGCACACCCAGACCUGUAGGGGAGAGCCACUCAGCAAAGAAGCCUGUUGCCCCCAGAAUCACCCAGUGCUUGCCAGACAUUUGACAGUGGGCCCUUCCUACAGCCCCGCAGAGUGCCCCUCGGGACACACUCCAUGCGAUGGUCCAUACGGCCCCCGGAGCACACCUCGGGACAUGCUGCAUCACGGCCAAGUUGGUGACCCUGAGUUGGGUUUGUCCUUGCAGCUACAACAUGAAGACCAUCAGGUUCAGUGUGCCCACCUCUGCAUCCGCUGCUCGUGUCACCAACCGGGAUGGGGCUGGGAGAGGGCCAGGCUGGGGGGCUCAGCCACUGACUGAGGGGUAUGAUGGCUGCUCAACCCAGUAUUUGAGGUGGCCGUUACUGCGUUUGCAUGCUCUGCGUCAACACCAGACGUACGCUGUGCGGACCGUUCUGUCCCGAUGCUCUGGCGGCCUCCGACUACGACGAGUGAUGGGUGUUACGGGACUGUACUAACACGGAAGCCUCCACUCUGAGGCUGGCUUCCUGCACCAUCCUCUUAAGAGUCAGGGAGAGCGCAGCCAAUGGCCUGUCCUGCUUUGAAAGAUGUUAAGGAAACUCAGGCCCAUUUAUUUGUUUGGACCUGGAGGCAGGGAGGCCCAGGCUGGUCCCAACAGGCAGGAGGAUGUGGAGCUCAGUCUGAGAAGCAUCCUCUGGGUUAUUCCUGUUGAGAUGCAUGUGGAACCUGUCUAUACUGUGUCCCCAGUAACCAUGGGGCGGGGGGGCGGCGCACACAUCAGGGCUGGAAAGGGGUCAGCAGGUUCUAAAUGGGCCUAGCAAGGAAUCUCGGCUCAGUCCUGUGCCCCUCACCCUGCGGCCCCCACCCAGGCUUCUGUGGACCCUACCUCUCCACCUUCUGGCGGCAUGUGAGUCACGACUGAGGCUUCUGUGAGUUGGCUGCACUCACUGGGGGAUGGUCCAUGCAGUAGGCUUGCUGGACCUGGGCUUUGUGCAGAACUCAGCCCUCCUUUACACCCAGGGGCCUGGGAAGUCCUCCUCCCUGGCUGCAGAGGCAGGUGGGCCCCUGCUGGAUUGGCACAACUUGUCCGUGUUUGCACACCUGACUCCUAGGAGCCUCUAGGUUGAAGUGCCUGCAAGUUAAAAAUAAUAGAAGGCAGACUAUCCUUUCCUAGACAGGGGCCUCAGUGGGUCACAGUUACAAAACAGAAUGUCUGGGAGCUUCUGGUGAGUGUCACUAGGAUGUGGGAGGGAUUCCCUGUCCUAACCCCAGAGCCACAGGUACCUGGGAUGGAGAAGGUGCCACCGAAGGACCAGAGCUUCGGUGGCUCCUCACCUGGAGGGUAUGGAUGGGGACCUUCAAGCUGGCCCUGGUCAGAUGGGCUCUGUUGGAGCUCAGCCACCCGCGGGGCUGUCCCUUGCUGUGUUUCUGGAAAGGGGGAGCCCCGCUGGGGAAGGGAAGGGAGGCAGCAGGCAGAGACGCCCAGUUCUCUUGGGGCCCCGCCUGGAGGGAGCCUCCCAGCAUGUCUGGGUCUGAGCACUCUGCCUGCCCAUUCCAGAGGAGUCACCCCCUCGCCUGGGAAGCCUGUUAAGACACGAGGCCCGUGACCAGCAAUUCAGAAGAGGCAGGAGGGACUUCAGGAGAAGCAGUCUGCCCUCCGGGAGGCAGCAAACACCGGGGAAGCGCCAGGGGCUCCCGCCCGUCACCUCCGGCCACCCUGUCACCUCUGGCCACCGUGCUCCGCCAAGAGCAGAGAGGGCGCGCCACGGAUUUACUUGUUUAUUCAGUUCAAUCCCGAGCAACUGUUUGAAAAACCCACACACAGGACAGGUGUUGCAUUCACCAUCUGUGAUCUCCGGUGUCACGCACAAUGGAGUUAAUCAGUGCGCGACAGCCCUGAUGCACUCAGACUCACGCCUCACAAGACUUUCCUAGAAGACACCAGAAUACACUCUGCCCUUGCAGUUUCUAAAAUAGAAUCACUUGAGUUCUGCAACUUCUGGCCAGGUACUAAAUGGAGACCGUGCUCCACUUUGGAAAGCGCCUCGGCGUAUCUGCGGGCGCUCGGGUCGUGAGCACCGGGAAGGCCCUGCUCAGAGGAAACUAGAGCGAGCCCUUGCUGGCUCUGGGCAGCGGGCGCGGAGGCUCACCCAGAGCGGCCGGGGCGCCAGGAACACUUCACAGCCAGGUUAAACCUCCAGAAACUGCCUUUCCAGUGCGGCAGCUGCCCUCCCCUCCCCCACCCUCCCUGCUGAGUUGUGUCUGCAGCUCCAAAUAGCAGCCACUCCUCCUUCUCCCCCAAAGCCCUGGGGCUGCCCUGAGACUCCCCACCGGGCCACCCAUCCCCAGACCCAUGGUCCUCUCUGUUCCACAGAAAUUCCGCUUGUCCCAUGCCUCUGGGAGCUGGGAGAAGACUCUAGAUGAAAGAGACCAAGAAUUCUUCAAUCAGCCUUAAGAACACGGGAUGUGGUGUCUUUGCUACCCACGUGGCACUGUCACGAGUCACCCAGCGGCCAGUCCGAGGCGGAGCAGACAUUAACAACUGGCCCCCUGCCGGCACUGGGGGGCGCUUUCCAGUCCAGGGGGGCUCGGCACGUCUGGCGCACUUGGGGCAGGGGCACCAGAUGGCGUGGGGAAGUGAGGCCAGCACAGCCCGUCUCCGAAGCCUCAGGCGGGAGGAAGGGCCUGCUGUCCACUCCCAGCUGUGGGGAGGAGCCAGCCCGUCCCAUCCCCGCCAGGACACGGAGUGGCCGUCUUUCAGUGACACUGACACAAAGCAAAUACAUACAAAGCCAGACAAGCCUUCUCGACAAGGCUCCAGGAGAGAAGAGACACGCACUAGAGAGAGAGCAAGCAAGCAAUGACAGCUCUGCAGAAUGCCAGGACCGCGCCCCGUGGAAGGCUCUCGUCCGGCUCCACGGAACCCGAUGUCCAGGCUCCCAUAAUGUCCCGACUUACAACGGCGACUCCCGGCGCGUCUCCCAGACAGCCCCGCAGCAUUUUGGUUGUGUGUUAAGGUUUCUGUCCUCAGUGCAUCACAUCCCCAGCAGCCACAGCUAGGCCAGCCAGGAUUUCUCGGCACAGCCACCCCAGACCCGAGAGAGAAGGUAAGCUGUCCACAGAGAUGCCAUCAGAGCAUGACGUCCAAGGACGGAAACGAGAAAGGCUCCCUCUCUAGGCUGCCCCUGGACGAUGUGGUAAACAUGGGUUUUAAAAGCAGCUCGGGGUGCGGCAUGCUUGCCCCUAAGCUGAGCCGUAGGAUGUAUGUACGUGGCUGUGGAAAUGUGUGAGCUGGGCCCCUGCGUGUGGCCGAGAGGAUUGGGGGUCUCGCCCUCCCUGCAGCUGCUACUCCGCAGGACUUGCAUUUGGCCAGGUCAGGCCAACGGGCCUUGUCUGGACAGAAAGUCCCCCAGGCCGCGCCCUCCCACCUCCUGGGGUCACAGGCAGCAGGGAGACAGGAAGCACGCUCUGCUUUCUGGGCAAGUACCUUUGGCAGCCACAGCCUGGAGGGGCAGCCGACGUGGGCUCAGAGGCCAUUUUGUAGCCCAAAGACCGAGGCCUCUGGACUGUGGGCCCUUUCCCCAACCUGGUGGCUUUGCUGUGUCAACGUGACCAGGGCUCCAGGAUGGCUAGGAAGAGAGAACUUGAGCCCAGUGUGCCCCAGAGUACACCCUCACCCCCUCCAUCUCACACGGGACGCCCACAGACGUGCCUCCCUAGCCCUGCCAGGCCUCCAUCCUUGGAAGUCUUCCCCAGGGCCAGACCAGUCCGAUGCCCGGCUGAGCACCCACCACGCCUGCUGAGCAGACCUGGGACCCCGGCUCCUGCCUCUCCCCCUUCAGCCUGGCCACCUAAUCCCCCCAGGGCAGGGGAGGGAAGCACCAGGCCAAGCCGUGGGCCUGCACUCCAUCUAGUCACAGAGGGUGGCACGCUGAGACCCACUUCGGGUGUCACAGGGCCAUCAGUUCUCU